AUGGCUGCACCUCCCAUGGAUGCACUGGGAGCCUUCUCCCAUCUUCAAACCAACUUGCCCGCAUGGAUCACCCGCGUCUCCGAGCUGGCAGCACAUACCUUCGCCAAACACGCCGAAUUCACCGAGGCUUAUCGACGACACGCCUCAUACAAACCUCGCCGCCGAAAGAACAGUUCCGUAUGCUCCAUUCACACCGAGGACCUCAUCCCCAUCGCCCAACAACAAAUUCCCGCCUCCGAAGCGGUAGAAGUCGCCACCACAACCACAGCCCCGAAGGACGAAACUGCCCCAGCACAACAAGCAGGUCGUAAACGCGGUGCAGAUGAAGCCCCUUCUAUCGACUCCGGUGAACGCCACGCCUUCGUCUGCACCCGCCACAGCGUCAUCAUCGAAUAUGACGGCCACACACAGAAGUCCCUGGAAGAGACUGUCAAGGACAUCGGUAUGGCAAGGAACAACAUCCGCCGCGGCAAGAUGUCAUUGAUGCCUCGUGGAGGUCUUCGCGCGAACUUGCUCAACCGCAGCGCUGGUCUUUCUAGUCAGUUUGGAGGAGCGGAACAAUCAUCCAUGGCCUCGCUGGCUUGUGUUCGAAGCACACGGACCGCGUCCGGAGUGGUUGGUGUAACUGGGACAUCAAACGGCUUGGGCAAGGAGUCACCCUUUGACUUUGCAGACAAGCAAUUAGAGCUCGCGCAUGGGCUCUGCGAAACGGCCGCGUACCAAGUUCUCCGGUCUGGUGAUUGCGGAACAGAACUCGAUGGCGUGGAGGAGAAGUUCAAGAUGCUACUGGAAAUGGUCAAGACAGAAGUAAUCCGACUUGAAGAGGAAAAGAAGAAGCAAGAGGAGGAAGCGACCGAGGAAGAAAAAGAGGAACUAGCGAAACCACCUCCCACUCCCACAGCUGCUCGACUCGCUCGGAUAGCAGCUCUUACCCAAGCAAGCAAGCAACCCUCAACCGUCGCAGUGGGGCCCAUUGAAGUCGACGAUGACUCUUCUACCUCGGCUGAGUCCAUCGAUCUAUCUGCGUUUCGAGCUUCACGGGUCCGGAUCUAA